AUGUCUGCUUCGGGCGGGUCGGAGGAUGCCGACGAGUACAGCUACGAGGGCUACAGCUAUAGCGGAUGCGGGACGGAUGGCGGCGGCGAGGGGCUAGGGGAUGAGACCGAGGCUGGGGCGUGGGAUGAGGUGGUCUGGGAAGAGGUCGGCGAGGGCGAAUGUUCGGGAGCGACAAGGGCGACGGCGACGACGGCGGCGACGGCUGCAGGCGCGGGUGGGGGCGAGGGAUCGAAGAAGCGACGUCGGAGCAGUGCGCGGCUGACGAGCGAGAACCGGAAGCGAUUGCAAGGGCUUCAUCUGGCGAUGGUGUAUGCGGCCGGAUGUGCUGCUGCGGGGAUGGCGAGAGUGGCAGCUACGGCUGAUGAGAUGCAGGUGGCCGAGGUUGUCUCGAGGCUGCCGGGUGGGCUGCUGGCGUAUCUGGAUGCAGCGGCAGAUGGGGGUCGCCAGAGUGUGGUGGAGGAUGCGGGGGCUGUGGCAAAGGCGGCGUUGGGGGCGGGGGAGGAUGCUAUGGCGGCGGUUUUGACCGCAAUGCGGGCGUGGCCUGAGCUGGCGGUGAGGGUGGUAACCGCCGUCUCACCGCCGCCGAUCACUGCGGUGUCUGCGGCGCUGGUCGAUCCGAGCAUUGAGCCGGAGCGGCCGUCAAAGCGAAAUGACCGCAAGAACAAGGCUGGGGCCGGGGUAGAUGACGAGGUUGCGGCCGAGUCGACGCAAAAGAGCAUCCACUUUGGACUCGAGGUGCUUGCCACGAGCGAGCUGCGAUGGGUGGAGGUUCUGGAACCGCUACGGCCGCGGCUUCGGCCGGGAUCGCGGUGGUAUGUGAUGGCGUACGAGGUGGCGACCGGUCGCGCGUCAGAUGUGACGGCGUUGUAUGUGGGAGACUGGGGCGCGGCGCUCAAAGCGCGGCUCAAGCCGGAUCCGCUGCGGCGGAUGGUGGCGUACUUUGGCGAGGCGAGCUUGCGGAGCGCGGCGGCCGCAGUGGUGGCAGCGCGGCAGGCCGAGGCGCGGGCACUGGAAGCUGCGCGCGACGCGGCGCAAGUACCUACAACCAAGAGUGGGCUCUCGAGCUCACGGCUGUAUGUGCUCGAGUCGCUGAUCGGCAAGACGAUGGCGGUGGUGCCCGGGGCGGCGGCGGUUGCGUCGUUCCGCGGCGAAGCGGUGUAUCGGCGGCGGCAUGUGCAGAAGCUGCGUGCGCGAACGACAUGGCUCCGCGGGUAUGGGCGGGUGGUGGUUGACGACGCAGCGGCUAUCAAGACGUCGUCGCGCGGGGUGCCGCUGUACGGGCGCUGGCAGACGGAGCGGUACACGCCGGGGCGGGUCCAGGUUCCGGGCAUGGUUCCGGUCAACGAGCACGGCAACGUCGAGGUCUUCCAGUCAUGGAUGGUGCCCAUUGGAUGCGUCCACGUCCGCGGGCGCGAGGCCAAGCGUGCGGCAAUAGCGCUGGGGAUGAACUACGCCGAAGCGCUCGUCGGCUUUGCACGGCGCGGCGGAUAUCCGGUCUUUGAUGGCGUCGUCGUCUGUCUCGAGUACGCUGACACGCUUGAGGCUGCAGUCCUCGAGAUGCGGGUCGGCGAGCUCCGUGCGGCCCGGGCCAAGAUCGCCAAGCAAGUGGUGGCACGGUGGCGGCGGCUUGUCGAGAAGCUGCUCAUCUACGAUCGCGUCCGUCGUGAGAGCACCACUGGCAGCGGUGAUGGAGGAGGCGGCGGCGGAGGCGGUGUGAGCGGCCGAGAGGAGAAUCCGAUUGUCCUCGAUUGA